AUGACCAGAAGCCUGCUUUUCUGUCUCCCGUUUUUAUUCUCCGGGAUUUCGGCCCUCCGAAAAGUCAAAGACUUCGAGAGUCAACUCUACGAAGAUCUACUCUAUGAUUACAACCGGAUACCUCGGCCAGUCAAAAAUUCAUCCGAUAUCUUGACCGUGGAAGUUGGGGCUUCACUGAUACGGAUUAUCGAUGUGGACGAGAAAAACCAGGUCCUCACCACGAAUUUAUGGCUGGAAAUGCAAUGGUUCGACUCAAAGCUAACGUGGAAUCCCGAGAAGUAUGGAAAUAUCACAAAGCUCCACAUUCCGAGUGAAUUCCUUUGGACCCCGGAUUUGUGCUGUAUAACCAAGUACGUCAUCGAUGCAGAGGAACAUUACUUUGUCAAUUUAGUGCUGCUGGAGAUCCGGAUAUUACGAUUC